AUGAUGGUAUUAAAUUGUUCCAACAAAUUGCUAAUGCUGGAGAAAAUGUUGAAGAAUCACUUUCCUGAAUCACUCAAGGUUUAUGGAGCUGUGAUGAAUAUAAACCGUGGAAAUCCUUUUCAAAAGGAAGUAGUGUUGGAUUCAUGGCCAGACUUCAAAGCUGUCAUCACCCGGAGGCGGAGAGAGGCUGAGACAGAUAACCUGGACCAUUAUACUAAUGCCUAUGCUGUGUACUACAAGGAUGCCAGGGCUUACAGACAUUUAUUGGAAGAACGUGAUGUUAUCAACUGGGACCAAGUUUUUCAAAUACAAGGGCUGCAGAGUGACUUAUAUGAUGUUUCCAAAGCUGUUGCCAAUUCAAAGAAGUUGAAUGUAAAGUUGACUUCCUCCCGGCCUGUUCAUUUUGCUCCUGUUUCAACUCUGCCAGACAUCAAUUCCUUAAUGGGAUCUUUGCCACGAAUAACCUACUUGAGUGUUGCUGAUGCUGAUCUACUCAACCGGACUUGGUCUCGAGGUGGCAAUGAACAGUGUCUCCGGUACAUCGCCAACCUCAUCUCCUGCUUCCCCAGUGUGUGUAUCCGUGAUGAAAGGGGGAAUCCAGUCUCCUGGUCUAUCACAGACCAGUUUGCCACCAUGUGCCAUGGAUACACCAUGCCAGAGCAUCGCAGGAAAGGUUAUAGCCGACUGGUGGCCCUCACACUGGCCAGGAAGUUGCAAAGCCGGGGAUUUCCCUCUCAGGGGAAUGUCCUGGAUGACAAUACUAAAUCUAUAAGUCUCCUGAAGAGUAUCCAUGCUGAAUUUUUGCCUUGUCGCUUUCACAGGCUUAUUCUUAUCCCUGCAACUUUCUCUGCUCAAGUUCACCUUUAG